GGGAACCCAAGAUGGCGCCGUGAGCACUCCCACUUAAUUGAGCUCUGCCACCAAAGCUUAAUUAUGAGUGAAUAAGUUAAAUUACAGAGAGCCUGCCUAUGUCUAAGAAAUGCCACGAACACUUUCCGUCUGAAUUUGUCAAAACAAACGUGAAAUAUGCCGAAUUCGGCUAAGGACAAGAGAAAACAGCGAGACGGAAAGGCGGGAGAAGCUAGCAACGAGGCCCAAUCGGCUAACAAAACUAACGUUAGCCGCAAUAUUCUGAUUGACAGCGUGAUGGAUGAAGAUGACUUUUCCGAAUUACCAGUUACCCCAGCUAAACCACCCAGCAAGAAAGGUAAACAUGAAGAUACUGCCGGCAACGCCAUGGAAGAUAACGUACCUGAAGCUCCAGAGUUGGUCUCCUCACUUGCCAAGCUAAUUAAUACUCGGUCCAACAAGAUUGAAGCUCUAAUUCAGGAAAAUAAAGCGGUGAUUGCGGAUCUGAAGAAUGAAAUCCACUCUAUCUGUGAGGAUGUCAACGCAGUGAAAGAUAAAGUUGCUCAACUUGAGCAACUUUACCAUGAGGAAAAAAAGCGUAAUGGUGUGCUGGAAACGCGGAUCACAGACCUGGAAAGAUACUCUCGUCGCUGGAACUUGCGGCUGAACGGCAUCCCGGAGACAGUAGAGAACCAGCAGGUACGGUUGGAAGUAAUUAAAAUCUGUCAGGCCAUCUUGCCUGAGGAUAAGAAACGACUACCAGAAGUGAUUGACACCAUCCAUCGCCUUGGCACAAAGAAUCCGAAGGGGCCCAGAAGCGUCAUCAUUCAUUUCUCGUCCCGGGUCCGCAGAGGAGCUGUCUGGACGGCUGCCAAGAAUUCCCAGUACCAGUACCAGAUCGACAGAGAGAAUAGGAAGAAGCUGUGGCCAGCAGUGGAAGCCGCCCGAAAGGAAGGAAAAGUGGCUUACUUUGUUGGUGGUCGCUGCUUUAUUGAGAAAAAGGAAAUCUUUCCUCCAAAAUGAAAAUGCCACCUAACGAAGCUGAUAUGAAGGUACUCCUUUACUAAAUAUCCAUCCUUUGCUUUAACAAAACCAAGGCACUUUUUUUUUUAACUCUUUAUAAUAUGAAAAAUGGUUUCCCGCUGUCCUGAUGAACACAGAAAACCCAUGUUGCUACUUUUUUUUUCAAAGGGGAAACAGUGCCUAUACAUUCCUGAAUGCACUUCAUUUAAAGUGCACUUUACUUUUAGUCCAGUACAUCUGGGCUCUUUUGCUUGUCUUAAUCUACAGCAUUAAAAACUUACUAAAUGCUAUGAAGCUCAGCAUCCAAGCUCAGGAGUGAAGAGUGAAGCUGCUCUCUCUUUUUUUUUCUUUUUUUAUAGAAAUGCAUCUAUGGACUUUAUUAUUUUGUCCCCCAACCCCCAUUUAUUUUAUUUUUUUUUGGACCACAAGUGCCUGAAGGAGGACCUGAACAUUUUAUGAACGCUACAUCCCUCCCUAAUUGAAAUGAAGCCCAGUUGUUAACUUUUCCUAUUCCGGCUUAUUUUGUUUACUCACACUAAAGAGGCAUAAAGGCCACUUUGUUUGCUUUAAAAUUCACACAAUUGUAACUGUUUAUGGUACAGUUCUCGAUGGUACUAUAAUAGUUUGUGGUAAGUUACUUGUGACUUAACUGUCUAUAGCAUACUUAGUUGGGUUUUUUUUGUUUGUUUUUGUUUUUUUUUCCUUUUUCAAACUGUCUUUAUCUUUUGUCUCGUUAAAUGCCAGGGGUCUAAGGGAUAGUGGGAAGUGCAAAGCCUUGUUUUUAUAUGGUGAAAAAUUUAAAGCAGAUUUUCUUUUCCUUCAAGAGACUCUUUCCACAGCUAAUGAGGUGAAUUUCUGGAGGUCACAGUAGGGAAACGAUAUCUGGUUGUCACAUGGAUCAGAACAUUCAGCAGGUGUGGGCACUCUGAAAUGCAACUUCACAGCAUCAGCGGGCUAGCGGGCUGACGCUCCUCCAAAGCCCAACAAAUGCUGUCUCUCGGCGCUGUGCGAGAAGGAGGAGAGCGGGGCGGCAUGGCGGCGACGUGUUGUUGAUGUUGACCGCCGACACACAGCGGAGUUAUGCUCUCACGAAAGAAAAGUAAAAGCGAGUCGUCCAAACCAGCAGAGGUACACGGCAAGUACGUCAAGAAGGAGACGUCGCCGCUACUCAGAAAUCUUAUGCCCUCAUUCAUCCGCCAUGGACCCACCAUUCCCAGACGUUCCGACGUCCCCCUACCAGACAUGGGACCCUCUGCCUACCCCGUGCCCCCCAGCCGUGAGCCUGUGGCGUCCCGCAAUAAGAGCUUCCUCCGCCCACCCGUGCAGAGGUCCCCUCACGAGGUGGCCCGCCGCGAGAGCCACCGCUUGUCAGCGCCCCCUUACCUGCCCCGCAGUCUGGGCGAGCUGCCCCGCGAGUACGGCGGCUCGUCGCAGUCCUUCCUAACGGACGUGAGCCCCGUGUCCGAGAACGGAGACACUGGGCGCUACUAUUACCCCUCGGAGGCGUCAUACUACGAUGGCCAGCAGCAGCCUAGGAGACUCCCGGAGCGUUUCCCUGACGACUAUCGCUACUACGAGCUCAGUGAACCCAACUUCCAAAGACUUCCGCGGCAACACACGCCCCCAGCUCCGAGCAGACCCCCCUCAGGCAUAGGUCGAAUACAGGCCAAGUCCCUGGGGAACCUCUCUAGUCUGACGGCAGAGGAGAUGCCCCUCCCCGCCGGCUGGACCGUGGACUGGACCAUCCGUGGCAGGAAGUACUACAUCGACCACAACACUAACACCACGCACUGGAGCCACCCUCUGGAGAGAGAGGGACUCCCUCCAGGCUGGGAGAAGGUGGAGUCGGCCGAGUUUGGGGUGUACUACGUGGAUCACAUCAACAAGAGGGCGCAGUACCGGCACCCCUGUGCUCCAAGUGUUCCUCGCUACGACCAGCCACCACCUCUACCGCCUCCGAUCACCUAUCAGCCACGGCCUGCCGAGAGGAACCAGCCGGUGCUGGUGCCAGCCAACCCCUACCACACUGCGGAGAUCCCAGACUGGCUGCAGGUCUACGCCCGCGCCCCCCUCAAGUACGACCACAUCCUGAAGUGGGAGCUCUUCCAACUGGCCGACCUGGACACGUACCAGGGCAUGCUGAAGCUGCUCUUCAUGAAGGAGCUGGAGCACAUCGUCAAGUCGUACGAGGCGUACCGCCAGGCGCUGCUGUCCGAGGCAGAGGCUCGCAAGCAGCGGCAGAAGUGGUACGCCCAGCAGCCUAACAAGAACUUCAUGGGGAACAUGUGACGACUCCGCCCACUCUGCGGAGGUUCCCACAGUUGGGGGGGUUGGGUCCCUUUGAAACAGGAUUGCCUCUUUACCAAACACAUCUGUGUCUUGGCUUGAUCCAAAUAUAGCGGACAGGAAGACGCACGCUGGCUUGAGGAACUGAAAACAAACGCUCCCCUGAAGGAGCGAGAGUGGAGAACGUGCCACGUAGGCUUGUGGUGCUCUUAUGUAUGGACUUUGACUUUUUAGCUGCAAAAGACGGGGUGGAAAACAGAUUGUGCCUUUUUACAGUGAACCAAAAACAUUAUUAUUAUUAUUAUUAUUAUUAUUUUUUUAAAAAGGUCAGCACAUGUUUCCUUAUCUCAAAUGCGUCAUUCUUCUCCUGUGAGGGAGGAUUUGGCAGCUUCUUCUCGUUUGGCCUUUUUUUAACCCACCCCUGCUUUCUGCUUUUUGCCGCAACCUCGGACGCUAUUCCUUUUGUAGCCUUUCCCAGACAAUCCACACGGACCAUAUUUAAGUGUCAACUAGGAACGCGUCUUUAUUUAAUUAAAGAUAAGCAUUUGCCUCGUGUGCUGCCGAGCCGGCUGAUAAGCUACUGGAAGCUCUUUGGAAACACUUCACGAGAUCUUUUUUAAGCUCUCCAGGGAGAUGUUGUCUGUUUUGUUUUGUUCAAAAGACGCCUCCUUUUUCAAGAAAAAAUAUAUAUAUUCAAAAACGUUGCAAAAGCCAUAAGAGAAUGCUGGUUGUUACUACCAGCGGGAAGAAUUAGAAAUAUUUUAAUAUAUUAUUAUAAUAUCUAAACAUGUAUGUACAUAAACAUGUUCUCAACAGAAUUUAGUAGGAUUUCAUAUACCAGGGAUGGGCAAACUACGGCCCGGGGGCCAUAUCCGGCCCGCCAAACAUUUGAAUCCGGCCCGCCAGUUGCUUCCAGGGUAUUUAAUUUAAAUUUUUAACAUACAGUCUGGCAACAUGACUUGGAAGUAGUCAGGAUCAGUCAAUUUGAGACAACCUUUUGAUGGUUUAAGUAGUCCAGACAUCUACCUCACCCAUGGUGCCAAACAAACACAAGUCAACAACUAUGUGACACAACUUAACCUCCCCACUGCACUGUCUGGAAAGUAAAAAAGGAGGGACGUUCACAUACUCUUUAAUAGUCAAUGUAUUAUCAUUCCUAGUUCAUAUUACGGGUGUCUUAUUCAGGAAAACAUCCAAUUUCUUUACCGCUUCAUCCUCAUUAGGGUCGUGGGGGCAUGCUGGAGCCUAUCCCAGCUGACUUCGGGUGACACUCUGGACUGGUCGCCAGCCAAUCGACAAACAUUCACACUCACAUUCAUACCUAUGGACAAUUAAAUUGUUUGGAGUCGCCAAUUAACCUCACCUGGAUGUUUUUGGAAUGUGGGAGGAAACCGGAGUACCCAGAGAAAACCCACGAGCACACGGGGAGAACAUGCAAACUCCACGCAGAAAUGCCCAAGGGAGAGUCGAACCCACGUCUUCCCAAUCUCCAGGGUGUUGCUGUGUUGGCCAACAUGCUAACCACUAGACCACCGUGCGGCCCUUCAGGAAAACAAAAACUGUAAAAUCCAAUUUUGUUAUUUGAUGUCUAAAGUGCUCCUGAAAAAAGGGGCACAAGCACAUAUAGCAAAUUGUAUGACACUUUUAUUGUAUGACACUUUAAGUAAGACAAAUAAUUCCACAUGGACUGUUUUUUUCUGAAUUAUAAGCUUAAACUACUGUGCGUGUAUCAAAUCAUAUAGUAUCGUAUAGUCUCGCCCACCGGGCAAUUUUAUUAACUCAAUGCAGCCCGCGAGUCUAAAAGUUUGCCCAACCCUGUCAUACACAAAGUCACGCACUGUUAUUUCAUUGAAGGCGCAGAUGGAAAUAUGCAUCGUCUUCCACACAGAGAUCCCGCAAACAUGAACAUACAGUAUAGUAGUAUGAACAUUCAAACCGGAAGUAAACAAACUUUCAUUCAUUACCGAGACAUGGAGAAGGGGAAGGAUUAAAGGGCUCAUAACUCCAAAAAAAAAGUUACAAAAAAACCCCAAAACAAUAACAAAAUGAAAGUACUCUCUUAAUAAAACAUUGUUGUUAUACUGCCGUCAUAAACAACUAUGAAAUAGAAGUGGAAUGAAAUGGUGAUUUUGGCACGAUUUUGACGCCCCCCUGCGAGUUUUCUGAUCUUGGCUAUGACAUCACAACCAGGAAUGCCCAGCAAAGCCUACAAAGUGACCCAUGCACAAAAAUAACACAAUAUUAACAUUCACUGAUAUUGUGUUGUGAUGACUAUGAUACAACGCAAAAAAUUGGCAGCAGGUAGGUAGGUGAGUGACAUUGACAGCUGACAGCACACUGCAAAAUAUAAGACCAGUGAGCAGUGAUCGCUGCUUGUGUAGCCCUGGCAUGAAACCCCAUACUAUUAUUCUAAGAUUCCUAGAAUAGAACUAGUAAAAAAAAAAAAUGGCGUUACUUACUGAAACUGACAGAUGGACUGCAAGACAGGCUAGAAAGACAAGUGACAGCAUGUUUUGCUAGUAAUUUGGCAUGAAAAUCCAUAUUAUUCUAAGAGUCGUAGGUACGCUGCAAUCAAAGACGAACCUUUGGAUUUAUUGUUGCGCGCCACAACAGAUACCGCAUUAGCCACCUACUGCAUCAUAACCAAGCUAGUUACGAAUCAACACUUGAUUAGCCGAGCACAAGGCUGACUACUUUAGAGAAUAUUAGUAAAGGAAAUAUGUAGGGGUGUAACAGUACGUGUGUCUGUAUCGAACCAUGACCCCUUUAUCGAACAAUACACAGUUUCAUAUUUAUUUUAUCAACUUCUGUGCCGAAAGUUCAGUGCAUCUGUGUAACUAUUCUGGCUUAGGUUGCAUUGUCAACCACAGUGCCACUGAGCUCCGCUCCCACAUUCAUACCAUGCUCAAAAUGUUGAAAAAUUUGAAAAAUGUUGGCAAUUUCAAUAAAAUUCUAAUUUUAAAAAGGCAAGGUGAUUUAUUUUUUGUAUCAAAAAAAUAUCGAACCUUAACACAAACGUAUCAAACUGAAACAAAGCGUGAGUUUUCUGUAUCUUCGUACCCCUAAAAAUAUGGAGUGACCUACUGCCACCUUGGAAUGCUUGUGGUGUUUGACUUUUUCCAUCUGCCGGGGCCGUAUUCUGGCCGGCAUUGCCCCAAUGACGGAGCAUCUGACAGCGAAUGGCGUUUUUUGGAAAUGUUAACAAUCUUACUCCGUCUCCUCCAGUGUUUCAGCAAAAGCCUUCAUAACAAAGAGCUGGCAUAAUACGAAAAAAUAUAUAACAAACAACAGAAAUGGACCCAAAUCAGGACCAUUACAGCUGAGAAUGCAGCGGCGUGAACGGGAGCUUCCGGGGUGUACGUCAGUUGCUCCUCCUCCUCCAGACUCCGGAAGAAGUGGCGACAAUUGUAGAAAAUGUUAAAUAUUUCAACAUUCGAGCACAGGACAGGAAAUAUGCCUUAUGAUUUUAUUUUUCAUUGCGAAAAUAAUACGAUUAACAUGUGUUUUGGUGUCCUGAGCCCUUUCAAUAAACGUCUGCUUCUUCCUACUCCCUUUUCAACAAUCUGUUCAACAAUUUGGUUGAAGAUCCUAUUAAAGUCUCAUGAGAACAUAAGCAGUUUGUGAAUGUCCCAGGAGGGUGUUUGAGUAGUACACAGUGGACUCCCAAGACUUUGUGCAUUUGUUUUGUGGGGAAGGUGCAAACACACUACGAGAGUCCCAUUGGAGACGGCUUCUUUACACACGGAAGGUUAUUUUGUAAUAAUAAACCUCAAGUCUGCUUUCUACUCUUAAACAUUGUUCUUCUUCAUGUCUUUCAGGGCAGUGAAUGGAUGGCAACUGGACUUUUCAGGUUAUCUUGGAAGACAUUUUGCCUCUCAUCCGACAGGCUUCACCAGUUCAUGCUCAAAGACUAGAUAGGACAGCUAGACUAGAGGUGUCCUAUCUAAUUGUGAGCAUUGAAUUGAUGGCGACUGGGCUGUUCGGGUUGUUUUACCAGAUGUUUUGCCGCUCAUCUGUACAGCCUUGCUCAAAGUCUAGGUAGGAAAGCAAGACUAGAGCUGUAGUUGUACUGUCUUUCUUGUGUGAGCACGAACAGAUGAAGCCUGCUCAGAGAAGCAAAACUUUGUCUUCUAAGAUCCAGUUGCCAUAAAGUCAGUACUCACGACUAGAUGGGACAGCUAGACUGGAGCUGUCCCCAACUAGUCGACAUUUCACCUCUCAUAUGAGAGGGUGUCAUUAGUUCAUUCACAAAUACUAGACAGGGCUAUCUCAUAAAUAUGGAAUCCGUUACUCAACUCAAUCAACUGGGCUGUUCGGGGUGUUUUAGAUGGAUAAACAGGCUUCAUUUGUUCAUUUUUAUACAUUUUAAAAAACAUUCUUACAGCAUUUACAGGCAGAGCCUGGCCCUUUAAGAAGAACUGCAUUGUGGGAAGUUGAGUGUUGUAGGUCUAUGCUUUAGCACGAGGGCUGUCUCUCUAUUCUCUCUUCUGUCCGCACCGUCCAUUGUUUUCUGCAUCCUGAUUGGCUGUAGACCAUUGUCAAUCAGUCUCCUUCGUGCCGCCUCUUACCAAACAAGCUAGCCGUGUGAGGUGCUUGCUAACCACCAAUAUUGUAAACAAUAGAAGAAACACAAGAAUCUAACCGUUUGAGGAAAAUGCGAUGACAGGAGCAAUAUGUUUCUACCAAGCACACAAAAACACCCCAGCCAGGACUAAGAGGCAGGGUCGGAGGACUGAAAUACAUGUGAGUCACUUAAUUUCUUGUGUUCAACCUAGCAGGUUGAACAUUAAAAUUCUAACGAAAUUUGAACUUUGAAGGUGUUUAAUCAAGAGAGAAAUGUGAGAAAAUCAUGCCUGUCUGAGAAAGUAUAAAGUGUAUGGUGAGAGAUUUUACAGCCUUAAAACAUAUAAUAAUUGUAAAAACAUAUAGUUGGCUACUUGGCGGAUUUCACUUAUUGCGGGCUAUUUUGGGAGGCUUCCCCUCGUGAUAAAUGAGGGAACACUGUAUUGCUAUUCUAGUCUUGGAGCACGAACUGAUGCAGCCUGCUUAGAUGAGAAGCAAAACAUCUUUUAAGAUCCAGUUGCCAACAAUUCAGUACUCUAAACAGGACAGCUAGACUAGCACUGUCUGACUGUUCAGGUUGUUUUAGAAGAGGUUUCACCUCACAUCUGAACAGGCUUCAUCAGUUCAUGCUGAAAGACUAGUUAGGACAGCUAGACCUUAGCUGUCCUUUCUAGUUGUGAGUAUUGAAUCGGACUGUUCGGGCUGUCUUAAGACUUUUAUCCGAGCAGGGUUAAUCAGGUGCUGCUGAAAGAUGAGAUAGGACAGCACUAGUCUUAGGGAAUGGUGCAGGAUCCACAGUGUUCUCUAAGGUAGAGUCACACUCCAACCAAGAAUGGUUUGGCUCUUUUAGGGGUAGACAAUGACAGUCGUUAAGAGAGUUGAGCUAUGCUUCUGCCAGCCAGUGGCAGUCAUGUGGUGAGCAUUCCAUUCACUUGUAACCAUAGUCAUUACUUUUCACUUUCAGCUUUUCUCUGUGAGCGGAUCGCAAGAAUGGUUUUAGCCUUCUUACUUACCUACUUACAGUACUUCAAGGAUGCCCUUCCUGACGCAACCUUGCUGUGAAAGGUAGUGUUGCACUUGCAGGGAUAUCAUUCUCUCAGACUAAAGCUGUCCUAUCUAGUCUUUGUACAGAUGAAUGACAAUGUUCACAGAGCUUCUUCAUGAACACGGACAACAAGCCACUCACUAGCCGUAGUUUACAUUUUAAUAUUGCAAACCGUGGAACACAAGUCAGAUGAAACCCUAACAGCGGGAAUGCUACGUCGCAACACAGCAGCAGUGUGGAAGCCUCUGUGUGGCCUCGUAAUGUGGAUGAUGCUGACAGCGUGGAAGACCGCAGAGCCUUUAAAUGCUUCAAACCCCCGGAGGUGUGAUCUCAGUCAUGAAUGUGCAAUAAUGCUGCAGAUGCACAUGACUUUUAACAACGAAAAGGGACAGCAACAGUCGGCCAAUAAGAAGACAAAUGUGCAAAAAGUGGGGCUUGGAUGUUGACAAAAAUCAGGAAUGAAGAUAUUGUGUCCCCCCCCCCAAAAAAAAAAAACAAAACAAAAAAGACCCCGUCCCACGUCGAGGUCUGGCUCCCGAGUGGUCAUGCAAACAGCUGGAUUCCCCACAGAUGGGUCGAGGAACGCAACAGUACUUGCCGGCCACCACGUCCGCACAUCGACAAAACAACUCCCUGCUAUGUCGCCUCAUCCACGAUGGGGG